AUUACACAUUCAUUUACGUUCUGAGUGCCCGCUUUAUACUUCCUACCCGUGCACUCGGUCCAUGUUGCGCCUGCUGACCACACUGGCAACUUCCCUCCCGUUCGCUCUUCCACUAAGUUUGGCCCACUCUUUUGGCCAAGAAUGGGGACUCGGCUUCCUUCCGGUUUGUUAAGCGGAGGCCGGAAGUGUUGAUUUUUUAGCGGCUCUGGGGCUAGAAGGGUAUCAAGGGGUUCGCCGAGGCGCUCGAUUCUCGCGGCUGUGCAGGGAUUUAACUGUCACCAUGUCAAGCAAAAGGGCAAAGACCAAGACCACCAAGAAGCGCCCUCAGCGCGCAACCUCCAAUGUGUUUGCUAUGUUUGACCAGUCACAGAUCCAGGAGUUCAAAGAGGCCUUCAACAUGAUCGACCAGAACAGAGAUGGCUUCAUUGAUAAGGAAGAUCUGCAUGAUAUGCUUGCUUCACUGGGGAAAAAUCCAACUGAUGAAUAUUUGGAUGCCAUGAUGAAUGAGGCUCCGGGCCCCAUCAAUUUCACCAUGUUCCUCACCAUGUUUGGUGAGAAGUUAAAUGGCACAGAUCCAGAAGAUGUCAUCAGAAAUGCUUUUGCUUGCUUUGAUGAAGAAGCAACAGGCACUAUUCAGGAGGAUUACCUGAGAGAGCUGCUGACAACUAUGGGUGAUCGGUUUACAGAUGAGGAAGUGGAUGAGCUGUACAGAGAAGCCCCUAUUGACAAAAAGGGAAAUUUCAAUUACAUCGAAUUCACGCGCAUCCUUAAACAUGGAGCAAAAGACAAAGAUGACUGAAAGAACUUCAAAUUCCAGCCACAUGAUCCUUGUUGCCAUUUGGGUAUUUCUGAGAUUUUCUCUUAGAGCCUGUUGCAUGCCUUUGGCUUUAUAGCUUUUGCCUUUCUUGUUUUGUAUUUAUUCUCAGCCACUUGGGGCAUCUUUAUAAUCAAACUGGACCUGGGACUUUUUGUCAUUUUCAGAAUGGAAAAUAGGGUAAUUUACCAGUGGUCCCAUCCCCCUGAAUAACUGCAGUCCACACAGAGUCAAUAUAUUUUUUCAGAGAAAGUUAUUUACUCAAUUUUUUCUGAACUGUAAUUAAAACUUUAUGAUAAAAUACUUGUUUAGAUUUCUUAUUUGCUGGAGUUUGACUUCUGUUAGUUCUAGUUGCAUAUGUCAAAGAAAGGUAGAAGUAGUAAAUCCUAGAAAAUGAUAUUUAUAAACUGGGUGUGGUGACACAUGCCUGUAACCCCAGUGCCAGCACUUGAUGGGUCCUCAACAGUGUUAACUGUAGUUAUCAUCAACAAAGUAAUUAUGGCAGGGAUGGGGGUGGGGCACAGGCCUGUAAUCUCAGCACUAGGAAGGCUGAGGCAACCUGGCUGCAUAGUGAGCUCCAGGCCAGCAAGGACCACGUAGCAAGACCCUGUCUCACAAAUACCAAAGAUGGAAAAAGAUGUUCUUAUUAGACUUCUCUCGUACUCUUGGUCUCUUAACAAUGCCCUCUUCUAUUCAUUUCUCACCCUCCCAAGGAAAUCUAAUUUUAACUGCCUUAAUCAGGUUUCCUGUACUGUCUUCCAAAUUUUAAAAUUAUCUGUAGACUUUGUAUAAAUGUGAUCACUUUAGUAUCUUUAAGUCCUUAAGCGUGGUGUACUUGCCUUAUGUGUUCCUGCUUUAUUGGUUUUAAACUUUCAUUUAUGACUUCAUGUCAUUUAAAAUUAGACCAGGCCACUAAGCAUAAUUUUCAUUUGUCCUAUUUUAAAAACUAUUUUAGCUCCAGAGGUUCUGGGAGUACUUAUACCAAGAAGGCAGAAUUUUAUGUUGCAUUUCCACUUGUUGGAAAUAGAGUAUUUUCUAUUGUAUACAGCUUCUCUUUAAUAUAGCAACCUCUAUUGAAAUACACAGAAGUUCAUCAUGAGUCCAUAUACGAAUUUUAGACAUUCCUGACCUGCCCACAAUCAAAACAGCUGAAGCUACAUGACUGAGGAAGUGAGGUCAUUGUUUCAAUCCUAAAAAUAACUUCUGCUAUCUGAAGAAAUGCAGGACUUUGUAGAGUUAAUCAGGGUGUAGAAGAGUUUUAUUCUCUUUCGGCUUCAAAAAACUGACUCUCAAAGAUUCAUGAGUUUAAAAAGAUUUGAAACACUGGUGGAAAAUUUUGUUGAAGAGUGACAAUUACCCUGUGAAGAUGAGCAAUUGAUAAUUACUCUAACAGUUUCAAGUUUUAUGCUACUAUUAUCAAGACUUACCUUUGGAGAAAACUAUUACCUCAUUCAAUAAACAAUCACUGAAUGUUUUUGGAUAGCAGGUCAUUGAUUAUACUCUGUAGGAUGGGAGAGCUAGAUCCUUUAACUUGGUAAGGCUAGUCAUAAAGGAUAAGAGUUGGAGGACUAGUCUUUGCCCUUGUUAAGAUUAGAAUCAUAGGCCCUGCCUUAAUUUUCUGCCUGAAUUUGUUUCAGUAGUUUAAACAAAAUACUUUCUCCAGGUUACCACUAUUGUGCUAAAAUUUCCAUUUCAACUAAAAAAAAUUAUAACCUCUGCUUUGUUAACAAAUCUCCAGCAAAGAAUAAGUAGCAACUUUUCCACUACUAAAUUAUCUCUUACAAUAUCUGCAUUUUUAUUUUGGAUAACUGCUCAAAAAGCCCCCCUUUCAUUAUAAACAGUGAAUGGUCUACUUUAAAUGAGUCUCCUAAUUUAGUAAUGGAUUCUCUGCUUAGUAACUGGACUUUGCUUAAGCAAGGAUGAUUGCCAAUAAAAAGCUA